AUGCAGCAGAGCAGCGCUCCAGAGUUCAUUCUCGAGGCCUUUGCGGACCCGGCCUCCGUACGGGAUGUCGUCAAAGGAAUCCUCCACACAAUCUUCUUCCACCGCUUCUUCCCCGCCGUCGUUCCGUACACCCGCGAAGUCCUAGAUCUGACCCUCCCCUACGUCGACGACGUCGAGCUCGAGACCAUGAUCGAGCAGCGCGCCACCGCCCUCGUCCGCCAGCUCGACGCGGAGCGCUCCUCGUCCGGCUCCGGCGGCGGUGGUAGCGGCGGCGGGCGCGGCCAGCUCACCGUCCAGUUCUUUGAGAAGAAGCGUCGCAAGGCCUGGCUCAUGCGCGGCGACGAGGAGGUCUGUUGGGAAUGCUGGACCGUAAAAGUCACGGUCGCGGAGCCCAGGACGGAGACUGAGCGAGCCAAAGUCCGAAAAGCCAUGGAGACGACGCUCAUGACGACCGUCAUGAAGGUCAUUACCUUCGUCAACGCACACAAGGACCAUAUCCCUCCGAUAACGACGCAGGGGUCGAACCCGUUUCCCUACCAGAUCAAUAUUAACCAAAAGGAGUCGGGUUGGGCUACGAGGAUGGGCAUUUACUAA